AUGUCCCAGGUAACGGCGCCCGGGCCCGCGCCGCCGGCGGGCGGGAAGGAGAAGCGCUCCUUCAGCAAGCGGCUGUUCCGGAGCGGCCGCGCGGGCGGCGGCGGCGGUGGCGGCGCCGGGGGCCCCGGGCCGGCCGCGCCCUCCUCGCCGUCUUCAGCGCGCUCGGUGGGCAGCUUCAUGAGCCGCGUGCUCAAGACGCUGUCCACGCUCUCGCACCUCAGCUCCGAGGGCGCCGGCCCGGACCGCGGCGGCCUCCGCGGCUGCUUCCCGCCCGGGCCGGCCGCCGCGCCCGCGCCGCCGCCCUGCCCGCCUCCGCCCGCCGCACCCGCGCCGCGCCCCGCCUGUGCCGCCGAGCCGGUGCCCGGCGUGGCGGGGCUGCGCAACCACGGCAACACGUGCUUCAUGAACGCCACGCUGCAGUGCCUCAGCAACACCGAGCUCUUCGCCGAGUACCUGGCGCUCGGCCAGUACCGCGUGGCGCGGCCGCAGCCCUCGCCCGACCCCGAGCAGCCCGCUGGCCGCGGCGCGCAGGCCCAGGGCGAGGUCACCGAGCAGCUGGCGCACCUGGUGCGGGCGCUCUGGACCCUGGAGUACACGCCACAGCACAGCCGCGACUUCAAGAGUAUUGUGUCAAAGAAUGCACUGCAGUAUCGGGGAAAUUCCCAGCACGAUGCCCAGGAGUUUCUGCUGUGGCUUUUGGACCGAGUUCACGAAGACCUCAAUCAUGCUGUGAAGCAGGGUAGCCAGCCCCCUCUGAAGCCACCAUCGGAGGCUGAUAUCAUGCCUGAGGGACCAUCUUUUCCUGUCUGUAGCACUUUUGUACAAGAACUUUUUCAAGCCCAGUACAGAUCAUCUUUGACAUGUCCUCAUUGUCAGAAACAGAGCAACACUUUUGACCCUUUCCUCUGCAUUUCUUUGCCGAUUCCUCUUCCCCAUACAAGGCCUCUCUAUGUCACUGUAGUGUAUCAAGGGAAAUGUUCUCACUGCAUGAGGAUUGGUGUGGCCGUACCUCUGUCUGGGAAUGUCGCCAGGCUUCGGGAAGCAGUGUCUAUGGAAACAAAGAUCCCCACUGAUCAGAUUGUGUUAACAGAAAUGUACUAUGAUGGGUUCCAUCGUUCCUUUUGUGAUACAGACGACCUGGAAACAGUCCACGAAAGCGACUGCAUUUUUGCCUUUGAGACUCCAGAGAUAUUUAGGCCUGAAGGAAUACUCAGUCAAAGAGGAAUUCAUUUAAACAACAAUCUAAACCACUUGAAAUUCAGCUUGGAUCAUCAUAGGCUGUCUUCUCCUACACAAACAGCAGCAAAGCAAGGAAAAAUGGAUUUGCCCCCCACGAGAGCAGGAAGUGACAAGAUUGUUCUGUUGGUGUGUAACCGAGCCUGCACUGGGCAGCAAGGGAAAAGGUUUGGCCUGCCUUUUGUGCUGCACUUAGAGAAGACAAUAGCGUGGGACCUGCUGCAGAAGGAGAUCUUGGAGAAGAUGAAGUAUUUCUUGAGGCCGACGGUUUGCAUUCAGGUGUGUCCAUUCAGUUUGCGCGUGGUCAGUGUUGUGGGAAUAACAUACUUGCUGCCACAGGAGGAGCAGCCUCUGUGCCACCCAACAGUAGAAAGGGCAUUAAAGUCUUGUGGACCAGGUGGUACUGCUCAUGUGAAAUUAGUAGUGGAAUGGGACAAGGAGACAAAAGAUUUCUUGUUUGUGAAUACUGAAGACGAGUACAUCCCUGAUGCAGAAAGCGUCCGUCUGCAAAAGGAGCGUCAUCAUCAGCCCCAGACCUGCACUUUAUCCCAGUGUUUCCAACUCUACACCAAAGAGGAACGGCUUGCCCCAGAUGACGCCUGGCGCUGCCCACACUGCAAGCAGCUGCAGCAGGGGAGCAUCACGCUGAGCCUGUGGACUCUGCCCGAUGUGCUUAUCAUACAUCUGAAGAGGUUCCGACAGGAUGGAGACAAGCGUAUGAAACUUCAGAACAUGGUCAAGUUCCCCUUGACUGGGCUGGACAUGACACCACAUGUGGUUAAGAGAAGCCAGAGCAGCUGGAGUUUGCCAUCCCACUGGUCUCCAUGGAGACGGCCCUAUGGACUCGGGAGGGACCCUGAGGACUACAUCUAUGACCUGUAUGCUGUGUGCAAUCAUCAUGGCACCAUGCAAGGGGGGCACUACACAGCAUACUGUAAGAACUCCGUGGAUGGUCUCUGGUAUUGCUUUGAUGACAGUGAUGUGCAGCAGCUGUCAGAAGAUGAGAUAUGUACGCAGAUGGCAUAUAUCCUUUUCUACCAGAGGCGGACAGCUAUACCGUCAUGGUCAGCCAACAGCUCGGUGGCAGGCUCCACAAGUUCUUCCUUGUGCGAACACUGGGUGAGCCGACUCCCUGGGAGCAAGCAAGCCAGCGUGACCUCUGCGGCCUCCUCCAGACGCACCUCCCUGGCCUCACUCUCCGAGUCCGUGGAGAUGACUGGGGAAAGGAGUGAAGAUGAUGGAGGCUUUUCAACUCGACCAUUUGUAAGAAGUGUCCAGCGUCAGAGCUUGUCAUCUCGAUCUUCUGUCACCAGCCCCUUGGCCGUCAAUGAGAAUUGCAUGAGACCUUCGUGGUCCCUGUCUGCUAAGCUGCAGAUGCGCUCCAGUUCUCCUUCUCGGUUCUCAGGGGACUCUCCAAUUCACAGCUCUGCCUCCACCUUGGAGAAGAUUGGGGAGGCAGUGGAUGACAAGGUCUCCAUCUCUUGCUUUGGUAGCUUGAGGAACCUUUCUAGCAGUCACCAGGAACCGAGCAAUAGUCACAGUCGACGGGAGCACAAGGCCGUGGGCCGGGCCCCUCUGGCUGUCAUGGAAGGUGUGUUCAAAGAUGAAUCAGACAACCGCAAAUUGAACUCCAGUGUGGUAGAUGCACAGAGCAAAAACUUGGCACAAGGAGGUCGCUUGCCCUCUGUCACUGAUCCAUUUGAUAACAAUAACCAGAUUGCUUAUGUGGACCAGAGUGAUUCUGUAGACAGUUCUCCAGUCAAAGAGGCAAAACCUCCAAGCCACCCGGGCUCACUUGCAAAGAAACCAGAGAGCACAAGCAAGAGGUCCCCCAGCUCCAAAGGCACUUCUGAGCCAGAUAAAAGCUUGCGGAAGGGGAGACCAGUCUUGGCAAGCCGGGAAUCAUCUCUUUCAAGUACAUCCCCUUCUUCUCCUGUUCCUGUAAAAGUUUCUCUAAAGCCCUCCCGCUCCCGAAGCAAAGCAGAUAUUUCUUCCAGGACCAGUGGACGGCAUUCAUCCCCCGCCCCUGCCCCUGCCAAGCCCAGAAAGGAGUCUUCCUCCAAAUCCCAGGACUCCGUGUCAUCUCCUUCACCACAGAAGCAGAAGUUAGCUUCUGCCCUCGCACACACUGCUUCCUCUACAUCUGCCAAAAAAGCCUCCAGCCCUGCCACGAGGGGACCUUUCCCUCCCGGGAAGAGCAGGACUUCAGACCGGAGCCUAAGUAGAGAGGGCUCCAGACAGAGCCUGGGUUCUGACAGAGCCAGUGUUACCUCUGCCUCCAAACCAAACUCCCCUCGGGUGAGCCAGGCCAGAGCGGGCGAGGGUGGAGGGGACAGGAAGCAUGUCAGGAGCUCCUCCAUGGCCAGCCUGCGCUCCCCCAGCACGAGCAUGAAGUCCGGUCUGAAGAGAGACAGCAAAUCUGAGGACAAGGGGCUGUCCUUUUUCAAAUCAGCCUUGAGACAGAAGGAAACCCGGCGGUCGACUGAUCUCGGAAAGACAACUUUGCUCUCUAAAAAGGCUGGCGGGAGCUCCGUGAAGUCAGUCUGUAAGAGCAUCGGGGAUGACAGGGCAGAGAAAGGCUCCCAGCCUCCAGGUUCCCAGCAGUCCAGUGCAGAAACGCUUGGUAAAGAGCAGCUCGUCUCUAAGAACCCUGCUUCUGCUAAACAUUCCCUGCUGUCUGCUCGCAAAUCCAAGUCUUCCCAGCUAGAUUCGGGAGUUCCCUCGUCUCCUGGUGGCAAGCAGUCUGCUGAGAAAUCCUCAAAAAAGUUAUCUUCUAGCAUGCAAACCUCUGCACGGCCUUCUCAAAAACCUCAGUGAUAUUUCUGCAAUCCCAGCGUUUUAUCUGUAAAGAUGUUUAUUUAUUUAGAACCCCUCCCCUCCCACCAAAACCCUCUAUGCUUUUGUUUUGUAUUUUUUCAGUCACGUGCCUGACGUGUGCGUGUGUGCGUGUGUGUGCAUGUGUGUAUGUGUGUGCGUUCGUGCAGGGAAUUCAAUUGCAAGUUGUUAAAAGCGUCGCCUUAUUCUGCCAUUGAACCAAAUAACAGCCAUAGGCAAAGCACUGAUACCAAGCUAACUGGAAUAAUUUUAGAUGAUGCCCUGGACAGUCCCUUUAGCAGUUGUAUAUAUUUCUUUCUAGAGAACUCUAAUGACAUUAAUUGGACACUAGGGUUUUAAACCCUGUGAACCAGUUAAGCUAUAAUGAGUGUGUUAGAAGGAUGAAUUAUUUGACUUGGGUUUCAUCUGAGCAGAAUUUGUCCUCACUACGGAUGUCAGGUGGCACCAGGAGCACUAAAAACUGUGACACUAACAGUGAAACAAACUGAGGGAAAAACUGUUGCUUUCUGCACUUUUGCCCCAUCUACCAGUCUUUGUAAAGGGCAAUAUUUUAACACUAAUGUUUCUCAGGUAUAUACUCAGCUAGUCUAGGAUGUAUGUGCAUCAGUAAAUGGAUUAAAGAGGAAGGUGACGUGGGUGACUGUGUCAUUUCUCCUACUGCCACAAAUAGAAGUUUUAGAGGUGGAAAUGAAGUCUUUCACUACCUUCAUGUCUGCAGGGAUGUGUGUACCAUAACCCAUCUUUACUCUUAGGAUAUGUCCUGAGAGGUGGCACAUUGGAUAGCCAGCAAGUCAGUCACUAGUAGUUAAUUUUUUUUUUUUUCCUUGUAAAUUUGCUAACUGAGGCCAUUGGGAUUUUGAACUAUGGUAGAGCAGUCGACACCUUUGAAAGGAUCCUGGAAAAAAAUGGAUGCUAAGCUGGAUGCACAAAUCUGUACCAUGUUCCAUCUCUGGUGUUGCUUGUUUCUGUUAAAAGUUGGAAGCUCCGUGCUGCCCCGCGUCUGCAUGUUCAUGUUUCCUCGUUGCAUAACUUGGAGAGGAAAGAAGUUGCCUACUGCCACAAGUCAGUGGCGGUGUGUGGAAGCGAUGCGUGACAAAGUGUUACAUAUGCACCUUGGAUCCUGCCUGUCACUCUUAGUUAUGACUGCUUUUCAGUAGCUCAUUUAUUGCUUGUGUUUAAGAUUCAAUCUCAUACUCAGAACU